AUGGGCUCACGACUCGAGAGCAACUCCAACGCCGUGCGCAAGCGCAUCGAGAGCCAUACAUUCGACGAUGAGGAGGGCGAAGAAUACAAAGGCUCCAGCUUCGGCGGCUUCUCAGACUACUUCCGGCGCAAGAAGAUCAAGCUACAAAACCUCGACCAUGAGAUCCGCUCCUCAUCCUCAACCGGCCCGCCCAUCUUUCGCGGCGUCGUUGCCCAUGUCAACGGCUAUACGCAGCCCUCGCUGAACGACCUGCACAAGCUCAUAGUAUCGCAUGGCGGAGGUUUCAUGCAGUACCUUGAUGGCAAGACCGCCGUUACACAUAUCAUCGCGAGCAACCUCACGCCAAAGAAGGCGGUGGAGUUUAAAAGAUACCGGAUCGUCAAACCAGCGUGGGUGGUCGAGAGCGUCAAGGCGGGCAGGUUGCUACCCUGGGAUGCGUUCCGCGUGCUGGAUGAAGGCGCGGGCCAAAAGGUUCUUGGCUUCGACAAUGGCAAGGUCGUCAGUCAGGCAAGCUCUCAGUCGCGAGGAUACAAGGAACAGACGGAUGGAAGCUGGUAUACGAAGCAGCUGCAGGAAGGAGCCAGCGCGCCGCCGAGCUCGCAGCGUCCCGCUUUCCUGUCACAGGCUCCACCUACGCCUGAUGAUGACGAUGAGAUUCAAGACCUUCCCCCUUCUCGCCGGCAGGACUAUGGGUUCCUGGAGGGAGAGGAGGCAGAGAGUGAUGAACUCGCGGAGAUCUUCGCAGAAGCACAGGACCAGACGCACCUUGAGUCACCUCCAGAUACCAGUCCAGUGGUGAAGGCCGUUGAGAGACCAGACACGGAGGAUCGGCAGACAGAAGAACAGCCGGCCGAGCAACUUCCCAGACCCGACCUGAAGAGGAAAUCGGCAGACAACCGGUCCGAAUCACCUUUCAAGCGUCAGCUCACUGCAGAGGAGCACAACGCCAUCCUGCUCUCCGACCCCCACAUCCGGAAGUCAUCCGUUGUAAACCCCGACUUCCUCGAGCAGUACUACCGCGAAUCCCGGCUGCACCACCUAUCGACAUGGAAGGCAGAUCUGAAGGCCCAGCUGCAAGUCCUCGCAGCCUCAACCACCGCAUCGCAGAAGCAGCGCCAGAAGCCCCCUCCCGGCGCCCGCAGAUACAUCCUCCAUGUCGACUUCGACAGCUUCUUCGCCGCCGUCUCGCUCAAGAAGCACCCCCAGUACAAGGAUAAGCCAGCCGUCGUCGCGCAUGGUGGCGGCACAGGCUCCGAAAUCGCGAGCUGCAACUAUCCCGCCCGCGCAUUCGGUGUCAAGAACGGCAUGUGGAUGAAGCGCGCGCUGGAUAUGUGUCCCGAGCUCAAGAUCCUGCCGUACGAUUUCCCGGCCUACGAGGAGGCGAGUCGCGCGUUCUAUGACGCCAUCCUGGCCCUCGGCGGCGUUGUGCAGAGUGUCAGCGUUGACGAGGCGCUCAUCGAUAUCACGACGCUGUGUCUGCCUGCCGGCGGCACGAACGGCGUCAAGCGCAGCGAAGGCAGCCAGUACCGCGAGCAAGCCAAAGCUGAUGAGAUCGCGCAGCGGCUAAGAGAAGACAUCAAGCGUCGUACUGACUGUGAUGUCUCCGUCGGUAUUGGUGGUAACAUCCUACUGGCGCGAGUUGCGCUCAGAAAGGCGAAGCCCGCGGGCCAGUACCAGAUCAAGCCUGAGGAGGUCCUGGACUUCAUCGGCGGACUCGAGGUUCAGAACUUGCCGGGCGUGGCGCACAGCAUCGGCGGCAAGCUGGAAGAGCUCGGCAUCAAGCUCGUCAAAGACAUCCGCGAGUUCUCGCGGGAAAAAUUAGUCUCUACUUUGGGUCCCAAGACCGGCGAGAAGAUAUGGGAACACGCUCGUGGUAUCGACCGAGCCGAAGUCGGCGACCAGAUCGUCCGCAAGUCUGUCUCGGCGGAGGUCAACUGGGGCGUGCGGUUCGAGAAUCAGGCUCAGACUGACGAGUUCGUCGAGAGUCUCUGCGGCGAGCUUAGCAAACGCCUUGUCAAGGAGGGAGUCAAAGGCCGGCAGCUCACCAUGAAGCUGAUGCGGCGCGCACCUGAUGCACCGCUUGACCCGCCAAAGCAUCUCGGACAUGGCAAAUGUGAUACUUACAACAAGAGCGUCGUCUUGGGAGUCGCGACGAACGCCAAGGAUGUUCUGACUAGAGAAACGCUGUCCAUACUCAAGGGUUUCGGGUUCUCGCCAGGCGAAUUGCGAGGCAUAGGCGUACAAAUGACGAAGCUCGAGCCGCUCAAAGGGACAGCCGACGGCCAACUCGAGAGCAGCCAGAGGCGGCUACAGUUCAAGGCCAACGAGAGAGCUAAGCCUAACGCGAGAGGGCCGGAAGAUCCCAUCACAGACGACAUCGAGACGCCUAAGAAGCCCAAGGCGCCACCCGACCAGGUCGUCUUCGGAGCCGAGCAGCUCAACCACCCCAGUCCCAGUCGCAAGCCCCUGAACACGCUUGGAACGCAGUUCAUCCUCCCCACGCAAGUCGAUCCCAAAGUUCUCGCCGAGCUCCCCGAGGACAUCAGGACGAAGCUCGCCAAGCACGUCAGCUCUCUCCAGCAGCAAGUGCCUCCGUCUUCUCCCUCCAAAGCCCGUACUAAAUCCCUCGCCUCGACCCUCCUCCCAAACCAAUCCCAACUCGACCCCUCCAUCCUUGCCGCCCUCCCCCCAAGCGUCCGCGCCGAGAUCCUAGCCUUCUACGCGCACGCCCCCAGCUCCUCCCCAAAGCGGCCCCGCACAGCCGACCAAUCCAUCCUCCCGCAGUCUCCGCGAAAAGUUCGCACAGUCCACAUACAGGCCUCCAAGAAAAUCGCCCCUCCAGCUUUGAAGCGCGGCCGCGGCCGCCCGCCACGAGCUCUCGAGAACAAGAACCGAGACGGCUCAAACAGCACGCUUACGCAGAGUAACUUUCUCCCUGCACAGCGCUUGACGCGGCAGCUGAGCCAUGAAGAUGCUACCACGCCUGGGACGACUGAUACCGAGGGCGAGGCUGAUACCACCGCCACGGUCGCUCGAGAGGAAGAGGUGUCGGCGGAGUUUCUCGCUGCGCUGCCGGAGGAUAUUCGACGGGAGGUUCUCGAUGAGCAACGGCGCGCGAGGCUGAAGCGGAAGGCUGGGUUGGAUCUCGGUGCCGCGCCGGCGAGGAAGAGAGCAAGGCCUGUCUCAGCUGGUGCAGGUGCUGCGGCUCCGGUGCAAGCGCAAGGGAUGCUAUCGGACGCGCAGGCCAUGGAGCCGGGGGCUCAACGAGUCCUGAGGUUGGAGCCUCGGCCGCCGCGGCCGCGCUUCACGACGAAGAAGCUGUGGAGGCUUGAGGACUUGAGACAGGCUAUCAGGCAGUGGUACGAUGCGUUUGGGGCUGAGGGCCCGUAUGAGGAGGAUGUGGAUUCCCUGGUCGUGUACUUGGGAAAGGUGGUGGGUGAGGAGAGGGAUCUGGCAAAGGCGGUUGCGGUCGUGAGGUGGAUGGCUUGGGUGCUUGAUGAAGGGGGUGGAAGUCCUAUGGAUGGGAACGGUGACGGGUUUAGGGACGUUGGGGCGCAAGUGCAGAGUCCGGGAUGGGCAAAGGCGCUGGAGAGGAUCAAGCAGGGCGUACAGGAGGCUGUUAAGGCUAGGGGGCUGGGUAAGGCCGACUUGUGA